AUGACGCACCAUCUAUUCAUGCAGCUGCUGGUGCUCCUGGCCAUUGGGACCCUCCACUGCUGGACGGGGGUAGUGGCUGUCGGCGAAGGGAUGGGGACGCCCUGGGGAAAAUCCCGCGCACACUGGCAUGAGGAGAAAAGUGAAUUUGACAUGACCACUGAGGAAACGUCUCUCAGCGGAACGGCUGUGAAGAGGCCUCUACGUUGGUCGGAGUUCCUCAUUGGCGAGGGGAACAUAACAUUUCAGGGAAAUGCGCGAUGUGGGGGCGGAUAUUGUCCCGCUGAGGCCCCUAUAUGCUGUGGAGAGGCCUCACACUUUUUCUGUGUGCCUGGUGGGACUAAAUGUUGUUUUGCACCUAAUGGGAAUGUGGCGGCAUGUGAACAGAGUGCUGAGUGCUGUAUUGCCGGAAAAAAUACGACGUGUUGUAUGCAAGGUACAACGUGUGGCAUAGAUGUGAACGGGUCAAGAUGUGUUAGUAACGCUUGCACCGCGUAUCAAACCUCGGAUGAUUGUCUUCAGAAGGCGACGGGGUGCGCAUGGUGCUGCGCGGAGCGGCGCUGUAUUAGUAAAAGUCAGAAAUGCUCUACGGGAGAUAGCGCUAUUGAGCGGGGCGAAACGUGUUCCUCUCCGUGCCAGUACGCCGACACGUGUGCUCUCUGCCUCUCAUACAACAUUUCAAAUAGUGGGUCGGACGCUUGUUCGUGGUGUUGCGCGACGCAGUCAUGUAUCCCCCUCAGCAGAGCUAUUGAGUGCGGUAACGAUCAACAAGUCCAAAGUUUGGGCCUAUGUUCCGCUUGUCAGGCUAAUGGAGCUGGAAUAAACCCUGAGUUUGUGGGAACGGUUUCACAGUUCUUUGGGCUGAUAUCCGGUAUUGUCCUCAUCGUGGGUAUUAUGUCGUGUAUUGGGGUCUCCCGGGCCUUUAUCUACUUUCGUGGUGGUAUGCUGACGAACAACGGAAUGAGUGUGGCUGACGUCGAUGCUCAAAUGGCAGUCCGGCGCCAUGGGUUUGGCUCCAGUGAAGCUUCCCCCAUGCAAGAAAGUGUGAAGGGCAGUUUAAGCCGUUUUUUUGGCACAGUAUUGUCGAUGUUCAGGUCUAAGGCCAAGACAGAAAAUCCCACUGAGGCGGCACAGGUAUCAACUUCUUUGGUCAGUGUGUUGUUCUGCAGCGCGUGCCACCGCAUUCAACAUGUACGCAUACUUGCUUCCGCUGCCAACGCCAUAAAAGGUAACAAAGGGGUUCAGGGGGGAACCGGGAGCACCCCACACGAUGACGCCCAUCCAGUGGAUGACGACAUUGUCAUUUUGUUGCCGUGUUGUCAUGCAUUUUGUCGUCCAUGCGUUGGAUUGAUCCCCUCAACGAAGCCUGCAGCGGCGCGACCCAGUGAAUGCGCCAUAGAGACCCAAUCAAACGGCACUGACACCGUACGGGCAGAGUACAUUCGCCUGCAUCCUUCGAGAGAAGAGGGUAUGAUUGACUUUCAGGAACGAGAGCCGUCUGCUCCGGACACGCGACAAGCUUCGUGUGAAGAGCAGCAAGUAUUGCUCUCUCCUUUGGGGAGAAGAGAAGGAAAUGGGGGCGACACCAUGACGUCAACUGCCUCCCCCACAACGGGGCAAUCACAGCAUCGAACGCGGAGUUGGAGAGAAGGGUUGCUGCGUUCAUGGCGAAGUCUUAGUAUUUGGCGGGUGCGCAGUGCGUCACGGGAAGAGAAAUUGAUGGAGAAUGCAGUGCUAAAGAACAUAAGGCGCAAGUGCCCCAAAUGCAGAAAAGAGGUAAAGGACGUGUUUCUCCCCGAAAAUAUUCUUAAGUUGUAG